UUCCCUUAACACUGAAAGAAGCGGCUAGUAAGAGGGACUAUCUCAACACCAUCGCUGCCACUAUGCGCCCCUAUUCUAAACCUGACUCCAGUUAGCAGAGUAGGGGCACAAGCAGAGGCCUCCUGAUCCGGGAUUAGAGCCUAAUUAUCUGCAGGUGCAGUGGACACUUGGCGGGGGAGGUGGAAGAAAAAGAGUUAGGACAACCGCGGAGAGGGCCAUACACGGACAGAGCUGGACGCGGCAGGCAGAGGAGAGAGAAAAGCAACUGGAGACAGAGAAAACAGCGAGGACACAAGGGUGUAGAGGGUACGGACAAAAGGACAAUAGAGACGAGCCAAGACUGACAAGCGUCCAGAACCGAGUCGGACAGGGCCAGGGACAAGGCCUAUACUGAAGCCGGCACCGCAGGUAUUUUAAUGAUUAAUUAGAAAACAAACUGCACUGAGGACUGCUCCUCAAAUACCCUGACUGAGAAAACGGAGCUCCAUUGAGAAUAUUCAAGCUGAAGCCUUGCUUCUGCUCUACAAACUCAUAAGUAACAGAAGAGCCACCAAAAUGGCAGCAGUUGAAUUUCCCAGAAGCCAAUGAGUGCUCAGAGCUAAAGUUCAGUUGACUUAAAGUAAUGCAAUAUUUAAUAUGCACCUGAGUUUGCAGUCUAAGAUUCAUAUCUGUUCCAUAAAAACUUCAAAAUUUGAAAGAUUCUCAUACAGCAGGGGUGGGAAAUAUCUGGUCUGUGGGGUACAUAAGGCCCGUGAAAUCAUUGGUCUGGCCCUGCCAAGGCAACCAUAGCUGCUGUGCCGGCGGUGCUGAGGACCAGGGCACUGGAUUCUACACUGUCUUCCCUGAUGCUCGUGACAGUCUUGUGACUGCUGUCCAUGGGGUCCCUACCCCUGUGCUGAGCGGGUCACUCUGAAUGCUCCGUCCUGAUCACCUGGCACUCUCCAAGCACCCGUCAAUUUUUCUCAAAUGCUUCCUUCACAAAGAGGCUUUCCUGAUCAUGUGAGUGCUGUAUUCCACACAGGGCACAUUGGAUGUGUCAAAUAAACCUGCGGAAGCUAUGGUGUUUUAGUAACCAGGAUCAUGGAUUGGGAGAGUUGCAUCGCUAAGCCCAUAUAGUCACUCAGUCACUUGCUGCUUUAAUAUAGAAUCUCACCCUGUUUCUAGAUAUGCGUAGACCAGCAGCACUGAGGGUGAGCCCUGCUCGUGAGUCAUGCUGUCAGAGGUCAGACUUGGAUGUUUCCCAGGAGAACUCCUGGGAAAAGUGAGGAAAUCGUCCUUAUUGCAGAAUCUCCCUAAGAGUUUAGUUACCCACAUUUCAAGAAAGGGAGACUUCCUGGAACAGCUUGGUUAUACCUUUGUCUUUUCCUGUGUGUUUUUCCAAAAGCUGGGGAGCGGCGGUGGCUGGGCGCGCUCGUCCUGGCUGUGUGUGCUCAGCGAGGCCAGGCAGCAGCCGAGCAGGAACUUUUUCAUGGGGGAGCAGUUUGAGAAGGGCCAGCAUGCUUUGCUCAAUGAAGGAGAAGAGAAUGAGAUGGAAGUAUUUGGCUACCGGACUCAAGGCUGCCGACAAGCCCUCUGUCUUGCUGGAUCCGUCUUCUCAUUUGGAAUUCUCCCCUUGGUGUUUUACUGGAGACCGGCUUGGCACGUGUGGGCAAACUGUGUCCCAUGUUCCUUGCAAGAAGCAGACGUCGUGUUGCUGAGGACAACAGAUGAAUUCCAGACUUACUCUAGGAAAAAGGUAACAUGGAUCCACCUGGCAGCAUUGGGCAGUGCCUUCGGUCUCACUCCUGACCACCCUGUCAUUGCUGAUGAGGAGUAUAUCAUAAACAGAGCCAUCAAAAAGCCGGACCUAGAGGUGAGAUGCAUAAAAGUGCAAAAAAUAAGAUAUGUUUGGAACAAUUUGGAAGAACAGUUUCAGAAAAUUGGUUCUUUGGAAGACUGGCUCAGUUCUGCCAAGAUACACCUAAAAUUUGGAUCAGGUCUAACAAGAGAAGAACAAGAGAUUAGGAGGUUAAUAUGUGGACCUAACACCAUUGAUGUUGAAAUCACACCCAUUUGGAAACUGCUCAUCAAAGAGGUUCUAAAUCCAUUUUACAUAUUUCAACUCUUCAGUGUCUGUUUGUGGUUUAGUGAAGACUAUAAGGAAUACGCUUUUGCCAUCAUAAUCAUGUCCAUCAUUUCCAUAGCUUUGACAGUGUAUGAUCUCAGAGAGCAAUCUGUAAAACUCCACCGUCUAGUUGAGUCACACAAUAGCAUUACAGUCUCUGUUUGUGGGAGAAAAGAUGGAGUCCAAGAGUUGGAAUCCCGCUUCCUGGUGCCUGGAGAUUUAUUAAUUUUGACAGGGAACAAAGUACAAAUGCCAUGUGAUGCCCUUCUGAUUGAUGGCAGUUGUGUGGUAGAUGAAGGCAUGCUGACAGGAGAAAGUAUUCCAGUCACUAAAACUCCGUUACCCAAGAUGGAUAGCGCUGCACCCUGGAAAACACAGAGUGACGCAGACUACAAGCGGCAUGUCCUCUUCUGUGGGACAGAGGUCAUCCAGGCCAAGGCCACUUGCUCCGGGACCGUGAGAGCCGUAGUGCUGCAAACUGGAUUCAACACUGCAAAGGGGGACCUCGUGAGAUCGAUUUUGUAUCCCAAGCCAAUGAACUUCAAGCUCUACAGAGAUGCCAUCAGGUUCCUCCUGUGCCUUGUAGGGACGGCCACCAUUGGCAUGAUCUAUACUCUGUGUGUCUAUGUGCUCAGUGGGGAACCUCCUGAAGAGGUGGUGAAGAAAGCCCUUGAUGUCAUCACCAUCGCGGUUCCACCAGCUCUACCUGCCGCUCUGACCACGGGCAUCAUCUAUGCCCAGAGGAGGCUGAAGAAGAGAGGCAUCUUCUGCAUUAGCCCCCAGAGGAUCAAUGUGUGUGGACAAUUGAACCUUGUCUGCUUUGACAAGACAGGCACCUUAACCAGGGAUGGCUUGGAUCUCUGGGGAGUCGUGCCCUGUGAUAGGAAUGGAUUCCAGGAAGUCCACAGCUUUGUCUCGGGCAAGGCUUUGCCAUGGGGCCCACUGUGUGCGGCCAUGGCCAGCUGCCACUCUCUCAUCCUCCUUGAUGGCACUAUCCAGGGAGACCCCCUGGACCUCAAAAUGUUUGAAGCCACCACCUGGGAAAUGGCUAUUUCUGGGGAGGAUUUCCACAUCAAUGGAGUACCUGCACAUGCCAUGGUGGUUAAGCCCUGCAAAACAGCCAGCCAGGUCCCAGUGGCAGGAAUUGCAAUCCUGCAUCAAUUCCCAUUCUCAUCAGCACUGCAGAGGAUGACAGUGAUCGUCCAGGAAAUGGGAGGUGACAGGCUGGCAUUCAUGAAGGGAGCACCAGAGAGGGUGGCCAGCUUUUGCCGUCCUGAGACAGUACCAACUAGUUUUGUUAGUGAACUUCAGAUUUACACGACACAGGGUUUCCGAGUCAUAGCACUGGCCUACAAGAAGCUGGAAACUGACCAUCACACAACUGCCUUGACAAGGGAGAAGGUAGAAUUCGACCUCAUAUUCCUGGGAUUACUGAUCUUGGAGAAUCGAUUGAAGGAAGAGACAAAACCUGUCUUGGAAGAACUCAUCUCAGCCCGGAUAAGGACUGUAAUGAUCACAGGUGACAAUCUUCAGACUGCAAUAACAGUGGCCAGGAAGUCUGGGAUGGUUUCUGAAAGUCAGAAGGUCAUUCUCAUUGAGGCAAAUGAAACGACUGGAUCCUCAUCAGCAUCUAUAUCCUGGAAAUUAGUGGAGGAGAAGAAACACAUUGCAUAUGGGAAUCAGGACAAUUACAUUAACAUCAGGGAAGAAGUCUCUGAUAAUAGUAGAGAAGGAAGUUACCAUUUUGCUCUAAGUGGAAAAUCCUUCCAUGUUAUAAGUCAACAUUUUAGCAGCCUUCUUCCAAAGAUACUGAUCAAUGGGACCAUCUUUGCAAGAAUGUCUCCUGGGCAGAAAUCCAGUCUGGUGGAAGAGUUUCAGAAACUGGAUUACUUUGUAGGUAUGUGCGGUGAUGGAGCCAAUGACUGUGGGGCUUUGAAAAUGGCUCAUGUGGGCAUCUCUUUAUCAGAGCAGGAAGCAUCUGUGGCAUCACCUUUCACUUCCAAAACUCCAAACAUUGAGUGUGUACCUCACCUGAUCAAGGAAGGACGUGCAGCUCUCGUGACCUCAUUUUGCAUGUUUAAGUACAUGGCUCUGUACAGCAUGAUUCAGUAUGUUGGUGUUCUGCUGCUCUACUGGGAGACAAACAGCCUUUCAAAUUACCAGUUUCUGUUCCAGGAUCUGGCCAUUACAACUCUUAUUGGGGUAACAAUGAAUCUUAACGGUGCCUACCCCAAGCUGGUGCCUUUCAGACCUGCAGGACGGCUGAUCUCCCCACCUCUGCUACUCUCUGUGAUUUUUAACAUUCUUCUCAGUCUGCUUAUGCAUAUCGUAGGCUUUGUCCUGGUUCAGAAGCAGACAUGGUAUUCCAUCGAUGCGCACAGUGCUUGCACAGUGCAAAAUGAAACCAUCUCAAAGUUAGCCAUUUCUCCAACUGCUCCAGAAAAGCCUGGAAGUAAUGGUAUCUUCACGAGUUUUGAGAACACUACUAUAUGGUUCUUGGGAACAAUCAACUGUAUCAUUGUGGCUUUUACAUUCUCUAAAGGAAAACCGUUUAGACAGCCUACCUAUACAAAUUACACAUUUGUCCUUGUGCUGAUCAUCCAGCUGGGUGUGUGUCUGUUCAUUCUCUUUGCUGACAUUCCAGAACUAUACAGGCGUUUGGACCUGCUCUGUACUCCAGUCCUGUGGAGGGUCUACAUCGUGGUCAUGCUCAGCUCCAAUUUCGUUGUGUCCCUGGUGGUGGAGGAGGCCGUUAUUGACAAUCGAGCCCUGUGGAUGUCAAUCAAAAAGUGUUUUGGCUACAAAUCAAACAACCAGUAUCGGAUAUGGCAGAGGGAGUUGGCAAACGACCCCAGUUGGCCCCCGCUAAACCAGACCUCCUUCUCUGAUAUGCCAGGGUGUGACAGAGAAGUGUCUUACAGCAAUCCUGUGUUUGAGAGCAAUGAGGAACAAUUCUAAGGAAAGGUGACAUCCAAGUUGAUACAGAGAGAUGAUGACAAAAGGGACUAUUUUCAAUGAUUUAUAAAGCAAUGAGAUUCUUUCCAUAUCAACUGGAGUUUUAGGGAUACCUAUCACAUCAUAGUGACAAAGUAUGCUGGAUACUUCUACAGAGAAGAACCUUGCCCCAAAAGGCUGCCUUCCUCUUGGUUUCUGAAAGUACUAAAGAUGUCUGCAAAAGAAUGGAUCAAGGAUUGCAGUGGGCCAAGAGACUGGCAGGUGAACAGAGGAGAGUAUAUAAAUGUCUUCCUUAGCAUAAGGUCUUCUUUCUUUCAAUGAGUCAAUGAGUGUUGUGUGGACUCUUAGAGUUGUAACAUGUUAAAGAUUGUUUUUGCAUUCUUGCUUCACUAAUGGAAAAAACUAAUGCAUGGGAAACACUACGCCAGCCCUCACUGCCUGAUUGCCUUUGUGGUACUUUUCAGAUUUGUGGCUUUCCCCCUCAUGAUUGACAUCUGGCCUCCCCCCCGUAUUAUUUAGGAUCAGCUUAACCUACAGUGGGAUGACAUUACGUAUGCCCUUAUUUCAGUGUCUUCACACACAAGAAUUUAUUUCCUGGUCGAGACAUCCUCAGAGUGGUGCCUACUUCAAUUUGGGGGCUCCACCGCAUCCGCAGAAGGACUCCAUGUUUACUGGAGCAGGGGAAGGGUGGGGCUUGGGAUCGCAUGAGGGUGCCUCCCUGCCUCGCCUCGAACAGCUCAUCAGCCAGGGCCUUGGUCACAGAGGUGAAACGUGCAGAUUCCUGUAUUUAGGAUUGCUUCACGGGCGUAGGACCUGUGAGUACACAGAGCCUUGGCUUGGAAGGACAUCACAGUUUAAUACUCUGCUAUUCCCACCCUGAAAUUAACAGUUUUUGAAUGGGGCACUUGCAUUUUCAUUUUGCACCAAGACCCCAAAAUGAUAUCAUUGUCUCAGGAAACAAAGCAAGGUACGGUAUCAAAAAGCACUAGUCCUUCCCACUAACCGCUUCUCCUCCCCCUCUACACUGCCAUGUUUUGGGAACCCCCUCAUGUCAUAUGCCCAACCCCAGGAGUUUUCACUCCCCUGCUCUAUUCUUUUUUAGCAACAGUAGUCUUUAUGCUACAGCCUUGUAUAUUGUCACUGAUGUAUGUCCUCACACAACCUAUGUAGUUCUUAGCCUUGAGGGUUCAGUUUCCAGAAAGCUAAAAUCUCUCUUAUUUUAUCAUUAUUACAGUUUGGUUGUAUUGGAUUCCUUCAGCACACUCAUGUUUCUGCUAACUCAAGGGACAACUCUGAAUUUUAGGAGAACAUUCAGACAAACUAUUUCAAAGUGAAAGUAGGAUUUUCAUUACGAACUUGAAACCCUAGCUGAAUGUUCUGAGCAGGGAGUGGGCCUGCUGGUGCAAGCCAGCUCUGUCACACACAGCAGCACCUGCUAGGGUUCCUUUCCUCACCUGAGCCCUCAAGCCUUCUGUGGAGCUUUGUGGCUGCAACUGAUUCUCAGAACAUGCUGUCUUCCAGCCAUGAGGGUAUCUUGUUGCUUUGAUUUUAAAAUAGGGUGAGGGGAUUUUUCUGUGUUCUAAGGAUGCAGAAUCACUGUCUUCCUUGGUACAGAAAGAAAUUUUUCCUUUUCCUGGGGGCUGGCUCUGUGGUACAGUGGGUUAAAGCCCUGGCCUGAAACGCCGGCAUCCCAUAUGGGCACCAGUUCUAGUCCUGGCUGCUCCUCUUCUGAUCCAGCUCUCUGGUAUGGCCUGGGAAAGCAGUGGAAGAUGGCCCAAUUCCUUGGGCCCUUGCACCCACGUGGGAGACCUGGAAGAAGCUCCUGGCUCCUGGUUUUGGGUCAGCAGAUGGAAGACCUCUCUCUCUGUCUCUACCUCUCUCUGUGUAACUCUGUCUUUCAAAUAAAUAAAAUAAAUCUUUUUUUAAAAAAGAAA